GAAUUGUUUCACUUCGUGUAUGACUCAGUUGUUAGUCAUUGAAAUUAAGAUAUAAGUACAGUCCUUGUGAGUUAUGUGAUAAUAUUUAUAUUUAUACUAUUACAACUUGACCUACAGACUCAUUUUUUUCUAUAAUAGGCAUAUAAUAAUAAAAUAAUAAUAGAAACACUGGAUUAUUAUUGGGCUAUAUUCAGAUAAUAAAAGAAAAUAUAUUUAUUCAGAUAAAAGUAAUUCCUUACACUUAAAGGUUGUCUAGUAGUGAUUGCUUAGUAAUAAGGCCUCCUCUUGUACUGUAGUAUAUGUAAUCCAUCCACAAAUCAUGUAAUAUUGGUGUAUUAAAGUGUUAAAUAAAUAAACAAAUAUCUGUUAGUGAUGGGGCAAACCCUCUCUGAACCGGUGACAGAUAAGCAGUCAUCAACAUGUCAGGAUGCCAGAUUCCUUGUUGGUUCAUCAUGUAUGCAAGGCUGGAGAGUGUCUAUGGAUGACUCCCAUACACACAUAUUGUCUCUGCCUGAUGAUCCUGGUACUGCUUUCUUUGCUGUUUACGAUGGUCAUGGUGGUGCAAAUAUAGCUGAGUAUGCUGGGAAGCAUUUGCACAAGUUCAUAACAGUGAGGCCUGAGUACCAUCUCGGGAAUAUUGAAGAAGCACUCAAACAGGGUUUCCUCGACCUUGACCAGGCGAUGCUGGAGGAGGACAUGCUUCAGGAGAAGGUGGCUGGCAGCACGGCCGUCGUGGUGCUCAUAAAAGAGAACACCUUGUACUGUGCCAAUGUUGGUGACUCCAGGGCCAUUGCGAGCGUGAGGGGUGAGGUGGAGGUGCUGUCAUACGAUCACAAGCCUAACAACGAGGAGGAGCUGCGCAGGAUCACAGCGGGCGGCGGCUGGGUGCAGCUGAACCGCGUCAACGGCAACCUGGCACUGUCGCGUGCGCUCGGCGACUACGUGUUCAAACGGAACUAUAGGCUCUCGCCGCAGGAGCAGAUUGUUACUGCAUACCCGGACGUGCAAGUGCGACACUUAAAUGAUGAUUGGGAAUUCAUUGUGAUCGCAUGCGACGGUAUAUGGGAGGUGAUGACCAAUGAGGAGGUGAUAGUGUUCUGCCGGGCGCGGCUGCUGAGCGGCUGGGAGCCGGUGGCGGUGUGCGAGGAGUUGAUGCGGCAGUGCCUCGCGCCCAACUGCGCCACCGGCGGCCUCGGCUGCGACAACAUGACCGUGCUGCUCAUCUGUCUCACGCCGUUCCCGCGGUGCGAAGCGCCGGAGUCCCCAAUACCGGUGGAGCAUGUUAUAGACAGUAAGUUUAUGACAAAAAUGGAUGACUUGUUGUAUGUGGAAGAUGAAGAAGAGGACCUUAAAUAAAGACUUACCCAUUUAUUUAAUAAUACAAUCUGUACAAAUUAGGAUACAUCACGAAAUUGUAGAUAAUAUAUGUGGGCGUUACGAAUCACGGAAACCCAACUGUGAAAUUUAUAAAAUCAUAUAAUUUAAGUAAGUUCUUGACAGAUGGCCGCUAUAUUUAUUAGAUACUGUUAUGACAGUCUAAAGAACUUUAACCAGUCGUCCAACAAACACGUCUAUUAAAGCAACGUUCCGAAUUGUCACGUAAUUGUUUGGGACAUGUCAAGGAGUUGGACUACUGGUUCUUCUCUAUACUGUGCUUUUGCAAUGUAGUUUAAGCCGGUAAUUUAUUCUAUAAUCACGGUAAAUAUCUUGAUUAUAAAAUGAGUAGAUUUCAUUAUAAUCGCUUAUAUAUAUUUAGAGGCUUAUUUCAUUAUAUAUCAUCACGCGAGCAUAUUUUUAUAAUAUAUUAUUAAUAUGGAUAUUGGUAUAUCCAAAUAUAUACAUUUUAUGAGAUUAAUAAUUGUCACAAAGAGGGCAUUUAUUCUAAUUAAAGGCGUCAAUAGAUGGCGCGUAUUCACUUUUAUGCCAUUCUUCCGAUUGGCGUAAAAAUUGGUAUACUUAAAUAUUUGAGCACGGAGAAUAAUCUACGCUGUUAAUUUUUUUUUGUAAAUCACCACUAGAUGGCGUUUCGUCACAUCAACUUAUAUAGAUCAUCACUUUUUAUAUAUAUAAAUAAAUAUACAUAGACGACGAAACACAAAAAGAAAUAUACAAAGACAAUGUCUACUAGGUUUUACUAGUCAUAUAUGGGAACAUAUCUAUCAUUUUAUGUAACUAGUGAUGUAUUUUUAAUAUCGAUAAAAGAAAUUUACAAUAUCUUGUACAUAGAGCUUAGGAUUAAUCUAGUGUGAUCGUUAUUUGUUUCUAGGAUAUACAACAAUAUAUGAUCAUAUAUGUAGGAUAGUGUAAUAAGCCUUUAAAUAUUGAUGAACGAAUUGAAGUUACAAUUCCUCGCAAUUCUUCUGUUUCUAGUAUUUCUAUUACUUUAUUACCAAGUAUUUAAUCGAAAUUUCGAGUCAUUAUUGUUUAUUAUAGUAUAAUUUAAUAUUUUAUUCUAAAAUAAAACAGAACUAAUUCUUUUUACAUUUACGCAUUUAAUUCAAUAGAAAUUUAAAGAGAUAUCAACAUAAUUUAUUAUAAUAGUAAAAAAAAAAUUUUAAACACUUUACUCUGCGUUUGAACAUCCUUAGACGCACUGAUAUUUAUGAAGGUAGUUUAAAAUUGACAGAAUGAUAGCAUUCCUUCUAUUGUGUAACUAAAAACAUAUUCGGUCAGGACAGUAGAGAGAUGUGGGUUUGAAACCUACCGGAUCGAGUUAUCCGUAAGGUAAAUUUUGCAAAAUGAUGUAACCCAUUAUUAAAUAAUUUAUUAAAUUAAAACGUCGGCGUCAUAGCCGUAGCUGGGGUAGGGGCAUUCAGGGCAAUGCCCUACGUUAAAAUGAAAGACCUCAAGAAAAUUAGACAGAUUCGUUUUUUUCGAAAUCACUUAAUUAUGGCUUCUGCUAUACCCUAACUUUUUUUUCCUACCUUAAAUAUGGGUCUGACUACGGCCCUGGUCGGCAUAGAUGGAGAAUUUCCCUGCGACUUCGAGCGUGUAUAAACGGAAUUUGUAUAUAAAAUUUCAUGACGAUUGGUUGCUUCGUUUAGGCGCCAAGAGGUAACAAAGAAAAAAUUUUUUUUUAUACAAAUUGGAAUGGCAAACAAGCUGACGGCCCACCUGAUGGAAAGCAGGAACCGUCGCCUAUAGACAUGAGCAGUACCAUGGACAUAACAGAGUAUACUGUUUCGCCCAUGAUACCCCCCAUACGUCGCCAUUCCUGAGAACUCAAGUGUUAUUCCUCCGUUCCCAGUAAAUUCACGCCAUAUUCCACCCUUCAAACCGAAACAGCCAUGCAAACACAACUGCUUCACGGUUGAAACACGAAUGGGACGGAGGUGCCCAAGCAAUCGACUUUUGUACAAAGUCUCUCUCUGGUAGUAACUAACUUUCACAUUUAUAAUAUUAGUAAUGAUUAAGAUAUUUUUACAGUCGAUAUUAUUUAAAAUGUAAUUUUCAGUUAUUAAUUACGAGAUUUUUUGCUUUGGGCACAACAGUGCUAUAAAUAAGGCAAACGACUUGUACAAGUAUAUAGUAUAUACAAUGAAAUUUGCACAGUGAAUAUUUUUGUAUGAGCAAAAUUUUUAUUGUUGCCUAAUUUAUCGCGUGUUAUUUAAAUUUUACACUAGUUAUUUUUUGAUAUUUAGUAGCGGACUAAACCUGUCAGAAGGUCGGGGCGGCAAAGUUGAAAUGAGGCCCCAAGUUUAAGAAGUAGAAUUUAAAUUAGAUUUAUUUAAAUAAAUAUAUAUAGAAUAUGGAUACGGAUGAGGAUAAACAGGCGUUUAUAGGCCUCCCUCCAAUACUAGAGGGCCGGGAUGGGCCGCCCCUUCCGCCUCCCGGUUAGUCCAUCAUUACUGAUACCAAUCUUUAUUAUUUGUUAUAUUUAAAAGUGCUAAUUCAUGAUGAUUUAAUCAAAUACUUGAAUUAAACUAAUUAGGUACAUUUUAUUAUUGAUAUUAGUUGUAGUAAUUAAAACUUAUUGUGAUUUGUUCGUGUCAUAAUAGCUAAAAACGGUUAUGGAGUAAUUGCUAAAAUUGUAUACUUAUCUAAAGCUUUUAAUUAAUAUUUUUUUGUUAUUCUUAAUUUUUAUUACUUAUACUAAAUAGAUUGUAUACUUAACCCCGUAUUCAUAAAAACGCAAAAUGUCUCAGACAUAGUCAUUGGCUAUUGGACUUGUGGUGAGAUAAUACUCACCAAUGUUUAUUAUAUAUGUCAAUUUUUAUAAUAUAAUUGAGUUUUAAAAACAAGCAGACAAAGUAACAUUUUAUGAUAUAUAUUUAUAUCAUGACGCGUGGUCACGAGACUCACUCGCAAGAUGCGCGCGCAUACCGCGCACGGAUCAGCGAGGAGAGAGAGUGUUUUGUUAACUUGGACAAUUUAAAAAUUUAUUUGUUUUAUUGUAAAAUAAUUUGUUUUUUUUUUUUUUAUUUAUUGAUUAAAUUUAUUUACAAGAUGAACCCUACUAUUAAUCCUACAGACUGUUUUGUAUUUUUGAAAGAAAGUGACAAAAAACUGAGGUUUAAUUUUUAUGAAUAAGGGGUUAAGACUAUCUAUCACAAAAGGAAAAGCUAUAAAUAUGUAAUUCUUAAUUAUAAAUGUACUGAGUAUUAUUAUUGUGAGAUCACAUUCUAUGUAUUUAUUAUUAUUUAUAAAUACGAAAAAUCUUCAAUGGUAGGCCCAUUGCAAAUAUCAGUAGGUUUUAUAAUUUUCUAUCAAUCUAAAAAUUUUGUUUGAAGGAAAUAGCGGAAUACUUUUAUCAGCCAAAAUGUCUUACGGAACGUGUGACGUUUAUAUAAAUAAUUUCAAAAUUAGAAUCCAUAUAAACGUCAUAUGUCAUAAAUAAGAAACACUCUUGCGAUUUUUUUUUUUUAUGAAUAAGGAACAAUGUAAGUGAGACAGUUCUAAUUUCCGAACAUCACAUCUAUAUUUGUUGUAAUUAUCUAUGUUUAUUUUUUGUUCGUUAUUCAUAUAAAUUACAUCUUUGUAAGAUUUAAACUGAUUCUUCAUAUAAGUUAAUAUGACAAAUGUUUUAUUAUGUAAUUAUACUGUAGAUUUUAUAUGUAGAGUAAUUUCUUCAAAGAAUAAUUAAAACAUUACUUAAAAUCACAUAAGACCGGAUUUACUAAAAUUAUUAUAUUACUUAUAUUUAAAAAUUAUAUUACUACUUAUUAAAACAGUGAGAAAUAACUACAAAUCCUGUCUUAAGCACUGUUCUUUAUCUAUGAAAGCAAGUCUGGUUUGAAUAUGGCCAGCAUCAUGAAAGAUGUUGAACACUAUAAAAUUUUUAAAAUUCCUAUACUCCAUUGUAGACAUGACAUUGUAUGAAUUAAAAAUCUAGUCGAGCUACCUAUUUACAAAAACGUUUAUGGAUUUUUGAAAACAACGUGUUCAUCGAAUUUUGAUGCUGUCAUGUAAUAGGGUAAGUCUAGGGAAGACAUGGACAUCAUCAUCAUCAUUAUCAUAUCAGUCGUUAUCUAUCCACUGCUGAAUAUAGGGCUCCCCCUAUUGGGUGGUUUUGCCGAUAGUUGUCACGCUUGGCAGGCGGAUUGGCAAUCGCAGUUAGUCUUUGGUGAUGUAUAAAGAAGGACUCUGCUGUUCAUCUCUCCACCCUUAAGUUCUUUUAGUAACUUCUUACAACACUCAUGGGAAAGGAAGAGUGGCCUAUUUUAUGCCGGGACCACACGGCAACCAUAGACAUACUCGUAUUACAUAUUAAAUAGUUCUACGAACACUGGC